AUGACUGUUCAGAAUAUAUACAGCUGUCCACAAACUUUUGCAACAGAGUGUAGACAGCCAGGGCGUGAGAUCUGGGUAUUUGGACUGGCUGAUGUGUCCUUUACACCAGCUAAAAUCUCAUUGCACGUGGUAGAUGAUCGUAAAGCCUCCACAUUGCUGCCUAUCAUUGAGCGUGUAUGCCUUCCAGGCACCAUCAUCAACAGUGAUGAAUGGAGGGCAUACAUGGGCAUAUCUGAUAAGCUCAGAUUCACUCAUGAGACUGUUAAACACAAUGAGAGCUUUGUGAACCCAGUUACUGGCACCUACACUCAGAAUAUUGAGUCAACGUGGAAUACGUGCAAGUACAACAUCAAGAUGCACAAAGGCAUUCUUGGUGUUAAACUGGAUGAACUGUUGUGUGAGUUCAUGUGGAAGCACAAUACUGGGAAAAGAAUGGGCUUGAUAGCAUUAUUUGAGCUUCUUAGGAUCCAAUAA